UUCCCACUCCAAACCGCCCGAAUUUCUUUGGAUUCUUCAUUUCCCGCCCCUAUCGCUUCACCCUCUACCCUCUUUCUAGCCCUAAUCCCUUACUAUCUUUCUUCAUCUUCCUGCAGAUCUUUGCCUCUCAUCUUGGUUCAACCCAUCAUUUUAAGGUCCAAUCAUUUAUCUACACUUUAAUUGCUAUCUACUCAUCGCUUGGAAGCUUACUCUUUCGUGUACUUCUAGUUAACAUCUUCAGCGUGAGUUGAAACCUCUUUUAGUUGUUGCGGAUCGGAGGAGUUCGGAUUUUGCUUCAGUCAACAACGCUGAGAUAUGAGAUUUGGGAACUACGGUUUGUUGUGUAAUUGAUUUUAUUCUUUGUGAAGAAUGGCUCAUUACAGUCUCCAUACCACUGUGGAACUGCAAAAAGCUUGGUAUCUCUUCACGAUAUUGCUGGAUAUUGGUCGCCCUGCUUCUGUGGAAGAACUCGCUGUGAGAUGUGAAUUGUUCCGUGCUACACCAGAUUUUGUUCGGUAUCUAUGCCAAAUAUCCGCUUCUCCUAUUUGUAUAGUGGAUGAUGCUCUUGUUUUCAUUUCCAUUAUUGCGGUCUCUGCCGUGGGGCGAUAUUUUUCCAAGGCGACUAAUGGAUGGGGUUUUUUGAGACGAGAUUUUGGAGUUCUAGAGCCAAAUAGGUUCUGGGGUAGAGAUGUUAAAACGUACUUUCGGAAACGGAAAAGAUCAGUCCUUGAUUCUGAACGACAUUUCCAUGGAAAAAGGAUCUUAACUUCAACUUCUGGAAUUGUCCGACCAAAGAUGAUUGAUGGUGUUGUAGGGAAUGAAAUCUGUCUGUCAGUAACAAGAAGGAUUUCUCAUAAUUAUGCUGAGGUACCUCCUAGCUAUGUGACUCUCACCAGUUCAAAUUCGCUUACAAUUGAUUUGCCUUUCGAAAAACUCAAAACUGGACAUUUUGAUGUAAAAAUUGAUGAGGUGCCCUUCUCUCUUGGUUAUGCUGACUCUCCAAACCUUUUGAUGAGCCACACUAGACAAAUGGGAUCUGAUAUCGCUGUUCAAGCUAGUAAAACUUUGAUUAAAGAUGAUGCUGGGCCUUUAAGAGAUAAUGAACACGACCGCCACAUGCACGAAGUCCAAAAAGACUCGAAUAUGCCAAAUUUAAGGCACUCAGACAGAGGAAUGUCAUGUAACCUUGUUCUUUCUUUGAGUCCACCGUGUAGCUCCACAAACACACUUUCUUAUGACAAAAACCACAAAUUUUCUUGUAAGUUGGGAAACGCAUCAGCAUUGUGCCGUGGAGAUGACAUGCUCCCUUAUGUCCAACCACACGAGGUUGACGAUAGGACUUGCACUAGGCACCUUUCUAAUAUUUCGGAAUGGGAGCUAGAAAAUGAGAAAAACAAGAUUUGUGAAACACGAAAUUUCUCCAAGUACACUAGAACAACAGAAAACGAUCUUGUUCACUUGGAAGGGCAUGCGGUAACGGGUGAAGUACAAAUAAACUUUCUAGACUUGAGAAACCCGGUAACUAUGUCAAACAUGGAUGGAGAUAAAAUAUCCAGGAAAAACUUAACUCAGAUUUCCUGUUCCAUACAUGACCAACCAUUUAUUGAGGAGCCACCUGUCAAGACCUUGGGAGAAGUUGAUGGAUCACAAAAAUGUACUUCAUCUCCUGAGAAAGUUCUCAUGGGGUCUGCAGUGAAUAGGGAGGUUUCUCAUCCUCUCAAGCAGCAAAACCGAUAUGAUAAUGUUCAUAAACUGACGUCUAAGGUGCAGAAGUUCAAGAAGAUUUCAAAUGGGAAUGUGCACAUUAAGAAACCUCCUUUGGACUCGACCAGUCCAUCUAUGGAAUUGGAGAAAACAUUGUUUCCGCAGUUUGAGUCUUUCAUUAUCGAGGAAGAAGAAGGUUCUGGUGGAUAUGGAACCGUUUACAGGGCUCAAAGAAAAAGUGAUGGGAUACGGAAAGCUAUCAAAUGUCCCCAUGUUAAUGCUCACAAGCACAAUGUAAACAACGAGCUAAAAAUGCUUGAGCGGUUUGGGGGAAGGAACUUCAUAAUUAAGUAUGAAGGGUCCUUUAGUAGUGGCAACAACGAAUGCUUAAUUCUAGAACACGUAGAACAUGACAGACCUGAGGUCUUGAAGAAAGAUAUUGAUAUAGUUCAACUACAGUGGUACGGUUACUGCUUGUUUAAGGCCUUGGCAUAUCUGCAUAAGCAGGGAGUCAUGCACAGAGACGUUAAGCCUGGAAACUUCCUGUUCUCAAGAAAACAGAACAAGGGUUACCUCAUUGAUUUUAACCUUGCCAUGGAUGUACGGCAGAAAUACUCCAUAGCAAGUAAAUCAAAUUCAAGUCAUCACGCAUCUUCGGAUCAUGUUCCUGUUCCUCAUCCUGUGUCUGGUUCAGCCGUUAAAGACGAGAAUAAUUUCAGAGAUCUUGCAUCUCUCAGCAAGAGAGAAACAGGAAAAUCUAAGCAGACUUGGGAGCACAAUAAGAACUUGAAAAAGAGAGUUUAUGUACCCUUGAAAAAAUAUCCAGAUAUGCGUGGUGGGAGUGCAAUAAGAAGCCAGGGUGCAGAUGGAUCUGGUAUAACCUCUACAAAGGAUGCAACAAGUGUUAGGACGUUUGCCACAGAAAAUAUGAGGGAGCCUCUUCCAUGUCAAGGAAGAAAGGAACUGCUAAGUUUGGUGCAAAAUGCAUUACGAAAUGCGGACCAGGCCACCCAAAAUAGUUCCGAUCUACGAAGGAAAAGGAUAGCUGCUCCUCCAGGCAAGGAAGACAAUAAAAUUAUACAUCCAAGCCCAAUGUUGGUCCAUUGCACUGGCAUUUCUGUUGCUGGUUCUAGGGUACUAAAAAGUAAAGGAGAUGCAAAACGUAAAAGAGAGGGUUCUUGUGCUGGGACGAAGGGGUUUCGAGCUCCAGAGGUCCUAUUCAGAUCCCUACAUCAAGGUCCUCAGGUCGAUGUCUGGUCUGCUGGUGUUACUCUUCUCUAUCUAAUGGUUGGAAGAAGUCCUUUUACUGGAGACCCUGAACAGAACAUAAAAGACAUUGCUCAAUUGAGGGGCAGUGAAGAUUUAUGGGAGGUGGCUAAGUUACAUGAUCGUGAAUCCGCAUUUCCAGGGGAGUUGUUUAACAUCAAAUCCUUCCCAGCUAUGGAUUUGCAAAGUUGGGUUAAGGUUCACACAAAGCGACUGGAUUUCUUCAAGCUCAUCCCGAGGUCACUCUUUGAUCUGGUGGACAAGUGCCUAACAGUUAAUCCGAGGCAAAGGAUUACUGCAGACGAAGCUCUAAGGCAUGAGUUCUUCAACUCAUGCCAUGACAAGCUUCGGAAGCAGAGGAUACUCCGACGAGGUUCUAGUUUGAACUCUGCUGAUGUCUUGGGCGAAUCGAAAGCGGUUCAAGGACAGUCAUUUGAGCUUUUAAGAUGAGUACCAUUUUAUAGGCUUUUUGAUACUGAAUGCCCCCCCCUGUUUUUGAAGCUGUACAUGUGUUUAGAUGUUACUGAAUGAAUGUAUGUUGAUGUCAUUAUGUUGUUAACUUGUUACAGAAAAUAUAAUUAACAGAAAGGCAAUAUGUAUAUAUAGUUUUGGAUGAGUCAAUCCCGUAGCUACACCAGCCAGCAUAAAUAACCAAGUUUCUCGAGUAAUUUCUUUCUA